AUGCCGGAGCCCGAGCCAGCCCCAGAAAGCGAGGUUGAACAGGGGGUACCUUACCUUGAAGGACCAUACGACGAGCCUGUCGCCGAACCAGCUGGAGUCCCUACCCCAGAGACACCCGAAGACCCCAUCCCAGCGGCCACAGAAUAUCCCGCCGAACCUGCAUCCCUGGAAGAAAUCGCAGAAAUGCCAACAUACCGUAUCCGAGUCUCUGCAAAGCAUCUAAUGCUUGCGUCGCCAUAUUUCAAGAAGAUGCUGACUGGCGGCUGGAAGGAAAGCCUUGCCUAUCAACAAAAGGGCUCCGUUGAGAUCACUGCCGAGGACUGGGAUCUCGAGGCACUUCUGAUUCUACUUCGUGCAAUUCACUGUCAACAUCACCUUAUACCCGAGAGUCUGGAACUCGAGACGCUGGCCAAAGUAGCCGUGAUCGCAGACUACUAUGACUGCAAGGAUGUCGUCUACGCUUGGGGCAGGGCAACCUGGAUGAGAACGUUAGUUGCAGAUCUCCCUGAAGAGUCUGGCAAGACGCUUCUAACCGCUGGCAUAACAUCUAGAGGCACUGAACAACCGAAGAGAGUUAUCGAUCGAUCUGUUAUACCAGUCUCUCGAGGAUAA